AUGGAAAAAUUUAUGGCCCCGAUUAUUUUUAUUACAUUUUAUGUAUUAACUUUAUCCACCACAUCAGUUAGCUCUGUUCCCAAUGCCGAUGAUCAAAAGAUUGAGUUGAUAGACAUUAAAGAUAUCAAUACCACCAAAUACAGUAUAAUUUUGUCCGAAAAUGAUCAAAACGCAGUUAAAAUAGUUCCAAAAACCGGUAAACUCAUUGAUAUGGUAUUAAUCUCAAGUGACGUUUUAUGGCUAAAAAAAGGAGGUGAUAAAUGUUCAGAAAUUUUGCUCAUUAAAAUUUCAGAGGAUCAUGUAUUAAUUUCUUUAAAACUGAUAAAAAAGAAGGAAAGUUCUGUUAUUAGCUUUGUUAAACACCAUGAUACUAUAAUUGACACUGGAAAUUUAUCAUCCUUUUUACUGCUUAACGAUUUAUCCGGCACAAUUAUGCCAAUUGUUGAACAUGAAACUUCUGAAGAUAAGAGUUUUAAGCAUCACAAUUAUGAAACUGAAAUAGAUGAAACAUUUAACAUAAGCUGGGAAUUUGACAAGUUGUAUUACUUAAGUACCAAAGAACCAGGUUCAAAACAUUCAAAAGUUUAUGAACCUUGUGGAAGUGGAAAGAUUAAGCAAAUUUAUGAUUUCGGUAAGCUAAUUUGCAAGGCCUCCGAAGAGGAAAAGAGCUUUACAAGGAUUGAAGUUCAUAGCAGUGAUAAAAUUAAAACUAAGUUCCUUUUAGCUACAACAGAAAACAACACUACUAAAUAUUUUCGCCUUAAUGCAGAUUGGAAUAAGGUUGAAAAGGAUUUUUAUGACAAAUUUUUGGGUGAAUUUAUUGAAAAACUUGGUAAAGAAGGUUCUAGUGGUUCAAAAAAUCGCCCUGGUCAUAAAAUAGUUUCUAAUUCAAAACCGGAUCCAAAUAGUGGGUCUGAUAAUGAUAAUGAUCUCUUAUAUCCUUCUGGAUAUGGAAAAUUUUCGACAAAUUUAUCAAAUAUUAAAAUCACACGACUAGCUCCCAGCAAUAUAUAUACAGUUGAUACUACUAACAAGUUUAAAAUUUUGGGAACUGAGAUUACUUUGAGAAACGAAUCUCAAGUUACUGAAUUAUUUAUAAUAAAACUUUCCAACAAAUUAGUUUUAGUUGAGAUAUGCUUAAGGCAUGAAGGUGUAAGGUAUAAAAAUGCUUAUUAUAAAAGAACUUUAAAUGAAGGGAGAUUUACAGGUACUAACAAAAGUGAGUUAUUUGACGCCUUAUUUAAUGAUUUCAGUAAGAAUGAAAACAAGGUAACAUUAAAGUAUACAUCCGUGUUCCCUAUAAUCCAAGGCAAAGAAACGGGUAAAAUGCCUGAUGGCAUUUUAGAUAUAAUUUUACCUGAUCAUCCAUCAGUUGCCGAUGCGGCCACUCAAACAGAAGAAGUUUAUACACCAACUUAUGAAAUGAAACCUCAAGAAGAACCAGUUGAUGAAUCUAAUGAGAAAGAACCCAUGACGAAGGUAGAAUUAAGUCACGAAAAUGAUACCAAAAAACAGCCAACUCAUGAGAAUACUAAACACAAAAGGUCUGUAUCAAAAGAAAAUAAACAUCAUCCAGAAAGUCACUCAGACGUUAAGAAAAAGUUAAGACAAGCUGAAAAGAGCUCUAUAUCAAGCUUCCUGCCUAAUAAAAUUGAGAUUAUUUUAGUUGCUUUAUUAUUAAUUUGUUGA